CAAAGAGCUUUUUCCUUAUUAUUUUUCACUUGCCAAGUAGUAUCUCUGUCUCUCUCCCUCUCCCUCCUCUUCUCUCUUUCACCUUUUCUCUACAAAGCUAGAGCUGCAUGAACUGAUCAGGUUAAUAACCCCAUGUGUAUUUGGGAACACUCUCAACUUUCCCAAAGUCUCUCAUAAAGGCAAAAGCCUUUGCAGAUUAUUGUUAGAAGUAGUCUAGGGUUUAUCAUUUGGUUGUUUUGGUGAAAGAUGGACCGGGGAAUAGGAUUGUUCAGCGUGUUGAUGGGUGCUGUCUUGGUAGGAUAUUGGUUUUGGCACAAGAAGAAGGAGAAGAAGAACAAGAAGAUGAUGAUGAUGAAGAGAAUAGGAGCAGGAGGAGAAGUAGUAGAAAAGAAGAGUGGGGUUCCUAAAGGGAGCUUGGGUUGGCCUUUCAUAGGAGAAACUCUCGACUUCAUUGCUUGUGGUUACACCUCCCGGCCUGUCAGUUUCAUGGACAAACGCAAAACCCUGCAUGGGAGGGUGUUCAAAACUCACAUCUUGGGAACACCCAUCAUUGUUUCCACCGAUCCCGACGUGAACAAGGUGGUUUUACAGAACCAUGGCAACGUUUUUAUCCCUGCUUACCCCAAAUCGAUCCGGGAGUUGCUUGGCGAACAUUCCAUCCUUCAGAUGAAUGGGAAUCUUCAGAAGAGAGUUCAUGCACUCCUCGGAGGUUUCUUGAGAUCCCCACAGCUCAAGACCCGAGUUACUAGAUACAUUGAAAACUCUGUCAAACUAACUUUGGGUUCCUGGCAAGACAUGCGGCAGAUACAUGUUCAAGAAGAAACCAAAAAGAUUACAUUCAAUGUCUUGGUAAACGUUUUGAUGAGUGUUGGUCCUGGUGAAGACUUGAACUUUCUGAAGAGAGAAUUUGAAGAAUUCAUCAAAGGCUUAAUCUGCUUACCCAUCAAAUUUCCAGGAACAAGACUAUAUAAAUCUUUGAAGGCCAAAGAAAGGUUACUGAAAAUGGUGAAAAAGAUUGUGGAGGAGAGAAAAUUGGCUAUGGAGAAAACAGACGUAAGAGGUAUGGCCAAUGACGCAGUGGACGUGCUGCUACGUUACAGGGAAGAAGCAAACGAGAAGCAAUCUCUGCCGUUGGAUUUCGUCAGUGGGAACAUAAUAGAGAUGAUGAUCCCUGGAGAAGAGACGGUUCCCAUGGCAAUGACCCUAGCUGUCAAAUUCCUCAGUGACUGCCCUGUUGCUCUCCACCAGUUGAUGGAAGAGAACAUGGAACUGAAGAAGCAGAAGAUGAUGAAUUCUGCUGAAGACUAUAGUUGGACUGACUACUUGUCUUUGCCUUUCACUCAAAAUGUGAUAAGUGAAACUCUUAGAAUGGCAAAUAUCAUCAAUGGAGUUUGGAGGAAAGCACUCAAGGAUAUAGACAUUAAAGGUUAUUUGAUACCACAGGGCUGGUGUGUCCUGGCAUCUUUCAUUUCUGUUCAUAUGGAUGAGGAAAAUUAUGAAAACCCAUAUCGUUUUUAUCCAUGGAGAUGGGAGAACCUUGGACCUGCUGUUAACAACAAUAGCUUUACACCCUUUGGAGGUGGGCAGAGGCUCUGCCCUGGUUUAGAACUGUCAAGGCUAGAACUUUCAAUCUUCCUUCACCAUCUUGUCACCAGUUAUAGAUGGGUUACUCAGGAGGAUGAAAUCAUCUACUUUCCAACUGUUAAGAUGAAGAGGAAGCUGCCAAUCACAGUCACCCCCUUAUGUAACUACCAGUAGUUUGGCCCAUCCAGGAAAGAUGUGUUCAAAAAAUAUCUAAAAAAGAAAAUAUUUUUAGUCUCAUUGGAUAGAUAUAACCAGACAGAUACUUGGAAGCUUUAUCCCCACCAAAAGGGAGCCAUUGGAAAUGGAAUUUGUACAGCUGCAAUGAUCUUUAACAAACCGAUGGGACUGUGUAUCAUGGUGUUAGUUCUCAUGUCACCAUCUUUUCUUAUAGCAGUAGAGGACCUUGGGCCCUUUUAUGGUCCUUCAAAAUUGAAUGCAAGUGGGGAUGAUAUAAUCUAACUCUUCAUGUCUGAGCUGCAAUGGAUUAAUUUUUCUUUC